CUGUUGCGCUACGAUGAGCGCCACAGUGUGCUAAUCUGCCGGCAAUGCCAGUACGCGAUCCAGAAGACGGCCAUCGAGAGCCACCUGCUGCGGCACAAGAUCUACCGCAGCGAGCGCCGCCAGGCCAUGGCGGCCGUUGCCCAGCUCGAGAUCCUCGACCCGGAGCAUGUGCAGCUGCCUCCUCCGACGUCAUCGCCCGUAUUCGGACUCCCACUCCUGCCGGGACUCAAGUGUGUGAUGCCGGGCUGCGCCAUGCUCUGCGUCAGCGCGAAGCGGAUGAAGCGUCACUGGGCAGAAGUGCACAAUACCACCAACUACCCGACCCCGUUCGCGACUGAUGUCCAGAUGCAGACGUUCUUCCGCGGCACCAAGAACCGGUACUUUGAAGUCAACGCCGCGAUGGGAGACUCGGGGGAUGCCCUCUCGUCGGGCCCUCCACAUCUCCGGGAUCCUGUCCUUCCGCUUUCCGCAGCCGCCCGGCCUGCAUCCACCACGGCCACACCUCUAGCCGUGGACAUCAAUGUGCUGCAGUACUUCCACCACUACACCUCGUGUACAAGCCAGACUCUACCCCUCACUGAGGAAGUCUCCCGAUCAUACUGGCAGACACAUGCUGUCCAGGUCGCCCUACAGCACCAGCCCCUUAUGGCCGGCCUUUUAGCUCUGGCCGCAACCCAUCUAGCUUUGUCAACCAGCCAUGAAGAGAUCAAGAAACCCCACGUUGAGAGCGCCUACGCCUUUGAAAGGCAGUUCCUCGCCGGAACUGAAGUGUUUCAUCAUGACGCCAAUACUCCCCCGCCUGCGGACGCGGUCACCAGUUUACACAGUCAAGUCUCUGGUAUCCUUGGACUCAUGCGUUGGGGUCAUGCCGCAUCGCAACAGCACAGUGGGCCCGAGGGCCAAGUGCUGGAUGCAUUCCAGUCAUUCCACCACCUCAUACAGCGAUGUGCAUUCAGUUUCACUCCGUCCCAGCAUCGCGAAGAAGCUGCUGGGCAAGAUGAGAUUCCCCAUGCCGCCGAGCGCAGGGUUCCAUCACCACCGCCUGCCAUUUUGCGGGUACACAAGUUGCCAUAUCAAAUGACAACGGCCUUUGGACGACCGAAGGACCCCGGUGGCGUUAUCUCUGUGCUCACGGUUCUAAACUCACUUUCAGAGCGGCUGGCGCUAUGCCACCUAUCACGUGGCCCAACCGUCGCAUGGACUGCUCUCGUCGGCUGGCUGGACAAGCUGCCAGAACAAUUUCGGAGUCUGGUCGAGCGCAAAGAGGCACCGGUUCUGGUUGCUCUGGCUUUUGGAGCGGUGCUCAUCAAACAUGCUGCGCGGUCUUAUUGGUUUCUUGAAGGGUGUGCGGAGCGAUGGUUUGACUGCAUCGUUGCCGACCUACCAAAAGAC